AGCUAUUUGCUCCCGCCGUCUUCAUCAUCAAUCAACAUCCAUGGUAAUGGGCCCAUUCAUUCCGUGAUCUUCAAAUUUUUUUUGGAUGUUCCUUGUACGAAAUCGCUCGCUCCCAAAAAAUUCACCACCCUUGAUUUUGAAUUCACGAUAAAAAAUAAGAUAAGGCUUUUUUGUUUGUUAUGCGUUUAUGUGAAAGAAGAAUAGGAAGAAAGAGUUUUCGUUGAGAAAUGGGAAGAGCGUUCGUUUACGUGAUUCUCGGUGGUGGUGUUUCUGCUGGUUAUGCUGCUCUUGAAUUCGUUAGACGUGGUGUUUCUCAUGGCGAACUUUGUAUCAUUUCUGAUGAACCAGUAGCACCUUAUGAAAGACCUGCAUUAAGCAAGGGAUUUUUGCUUCCAGAAGCUGCUGCUCGGCUUCCAUCCUUUCAUACAUGUGUUGGAGCAAACGAGGAAAGGCUAACUCCGAAAUGGUAUAAAGAACAUGGAGUUGAAUUAGUUCUUGGAACUGGAGUUAAGUCUGCUGAUGUGAAACGUAAAACACUAUUGACAACAACCGGGGAGACUAUAAGUUACAAAAUUCUUAUUGUUGCUACUGGUGCUCGGGCUCUGAAGCUGGAAGAAUUUGGGGUGAAUGGAUCCGAUGCAGAAAAUGUAUGUUAUUUAAGAGAUAUAGCAGAUGCAAAUAGGCUUGUUAAUGCUAUUCAAUCAUGUCCUGGAGGGAAUGCGAUUGUCAUUGGUGGUGGAUACGUUGGCAUGGAGUGUGCAGCAUCUUUAGUGAUCAACAAAAUCAAUGUGACAAUGGUCUUCCCAGAAGCACAUUGCAUGGCUCGUUUAUUUACCCCGAAGAUUGCAAGCUACUAUGAAGAAUAUUAUAAAUCAAGAGGAAUAAACUUCGUUAAGGGAACUGUGCUGUCAUCAUUUGAUUUUGACUCCAACGGAAAGGUUACAGAUGUUAAUCUUAGAGAUGGAACGAAGAUAUCCGUGGACAUGGUUGUGGUGGGAAUUGGAAUACGACCAAAUACAGGUCUGUUUGAAGGUCAACUUACUUUGGAGAAAGGUGGAAUCAAAGUAAAUGGAACAUUCCAGUCAAGCAACAGCUCAGUCUAUGCCAUUGGAGAUGUUGCAGCAUUUCCAGUCAAAGCAUUCGGGGAAAUGCGCAGACUUGAGCAUGUUGAUUCAGCAAGGAAAUCCGCAAAACAUGCAGUUUCUGCCAUAAUGGAACCGGACAAAACAGGGGAAUUUGAUUACAUUCCUUUUUUCUACUCCAGAGUCUUCACUUUGUCUUGGCAAUUUUAUGGGGAUAAUGCUGGAGAAGUUGUCUAUUACGGAGAUCUCUCAGCCUCAGGUAGUACAUUUGGAGCAUAUUGGGUAAACAAGGGUCAUAUUGUUGGUGCUUUCCUUGAAGGUGGAACUAGAGAAGAGUAUGAAGCCAUAGCCAAGACCACUAGGUUAAGACCAGCAAUUGAAGAUUUGAAUGAGUUGGAGAGGCAAGGUUUGGGUUUUGCAGUUACAUUUAGUCAGAAACCAGAAGCAUCACCACCACCAAUUGAGGUUAAAAGUAGCACCUCCGGUCUACUUUUGGAAAAACCAUUAUAUGCUUGGCAUGCUACAGCCGGGGUUGUUUUUGCUGCAUCAAUAGCCGCAUUCGCAUAUUUUUAUGGAAAAAGGCGUCGCAGAUGGUGAAACUUUUGAGAAGAUUGCCAAUUUGUGGUUAAGGGUUUCAACAUACUUAACACAGAUUUACAUGCUGUAAUAUUGUAUCCUAUCCUAUUUACUGGAUUGCAAUUCUUCAGUUGUAUUGUUCAUAUACAGGAUUGUUGUACUAAGAACAAAAGGAAAAUACAAAUGACAAUCCUUCAGAAGUUAUUCCCACAAGAGUUCAUAGCUAAACAUAUCGUGUUUUCAGUCCA